AAGCGGCGCAGCUUCCUGCGGCUCGGGCCGGGAAUAUAGGCGCCCCCGCCCGGGCCAGCUCAACUCUGCCGCCCCUCCUCGCCUUCUCGCCCAAGGCGUGAUGGCCCGGUUCCUGGUGGAGCGCGCCCCGAGUGGAUCGAGGCUCGCUAUGACCCGCGCCGGCCGGCCGGCAGUGCUCCGCCUCCCUCCGCUGCUGCUGCUGCUGCUGCUGGGCGCUGUCUCAACCUUUCCGGAGUCCCUGAAUCAAUCUCUUCCCACUGAGGACAGCUUGCUGUCAAGAGAGACUGUGGAGGAGAGCUAUGAGAUUAAUGCCCUAUUUUGCUGGUUUUACUACAAGAAUCAAAUGAACUCUGUCAAGGACUGGUGCAACUGGACUUUGAUUAGCAGGCAUUACAGCGACCUGCAGUAUUGCCUGGAGUACAAUGCUGACAGUUUUGGCCUGGGUUUCCCAAAUCCUUUUGCGGAAAGGAUCAUCCUUGAGACUCACCUGAUACACUUUACCAACUGCUCCCUGGUGCAGCCCACCUUCUCCGAUCCCCCGGAGGACGUGUUGUUAGCCAUGAUCAUCGCACCCAUCUGCCUCAUUCCUUUCCUGGUGACUCUGGUGGUAUGGAGGAGUAAAGACAACGAUGCCCAGGCCUAGGGGGUCUGUUCCUCAGCAGCCAUUCUUCUGCUGGAGCCGGGAAUCUCUGCCUCCCCUUCUUACCCCUUUUCUCAUACUCAUCUUUCCCACAGACCUUUGGAUUGGUGGAAAUGGAAGCCACGUGAAGUAGUCUUUAAAAUAAAAAAAACCAGUGUUUUUGUACAAUA